UCACGCGUUCCUUCCCCUCCCUCUCCCUCUCUCUCUCUCUCUCCCUCCCUCCGUGUGGAUGAAGAGAUCAUUUGGAUGGAGCCCUCCUCCCUGACCCUCUUGGUGCUGCUGACGUGGAUUGACAGAGGGUUGGUGGACUCUCGUGCUGUUACUGGAAAUGCACAAUAUCCGAGUGAAGGAACCCUCCAUCCUGCUCCAAGUUUAAACCUCUCAGCAGCAUCGCCUCCACCCGCUGAGCCUGCAACCAUCGCCCCUCCUGAGGUGCCCGUGAGGCUGGUGAACGGCGCGAGCGAGUGCUCGGGAUGGGUGGAGCUGCACCACCAGGGGACCUGGAGGCCCCUGUGCCGGGAGUUCUGGGACGCCAAGGGGGCCGACGUGAUCUGCCGGCAGCUAGGCUGCGGCCUGUCCCGCUGGGCCAACUACAGCGGGAGCGGAGGGGGGCCCGGCCCCUUCUGGGUCAACCUGAUGAACUGCACGGGGUCCGAGGCGGGUUGGAUGGGGUGUCCCGGCGACAUGCUGGCAGAUGACCAGCCGUGCGACAGGAACCUCACCGCCGGCCUGCUCUGCACAGAGCAUAAGGAGCUGCGCCUCGUGGGCGGGGGCAGCCGAUGCGCCGGCAGAGUGGAGGUCAACUCGAACGGGACAUGGGGGACAGUCUGCGAUGAUUCCUGGGACCUGCGCUCCGCCUCCGUUGUCUGCAGGCAGCUGGGCUGCGGCUCUGCCGUCUCGUCCGUCACCGCCUCGCACUUCGGGCAAGGCCAAGGCCCCAUCUACCUGGAUGAGGUGAACUGCAGCGGCGCCGAGACUUACCUGUGGAGCUGCCCGUCGGAUCCUUGGCUCCAGCACGACUGCGGCCACAAAGAAGACGCUGGGGUCGUGUGUUCCGGGCACCGUGAAAUCCGGCUGACUGGGGGUCCCAACCGCUGCUCGGGGCGGCUAAGCGUCCACGACCAGGGCACGUGGGGCUCGCUGUGUGCCACGAUCUGGAACCUGUCCCUCGCCCACGGGGUCUGCCAGUACCUGGGCUGCGGCAACGCCUCGAGGCUCGACAUGACCUACCAGCUGGCCGGCGAGGGCAGGUGGGGCGACCUGUGCCAGGAGGGCGCCACCGAGAUAGCCGACUGCCUCCGGCCGCUGCCGGCUGACGCGUGCGAGGGGUUUGGAGCAGCAGGCGUGGUCUGCACCAACUCUGUUCUCCUGACAGAAUCGCCUUUGAAUGCCACCACUGAUUGGAUGACAACAGCUCCAGUGGCAAUUGGAGGGAGCCGACACCACAGUGAUGACUUCUUGUACCUCAUCAUUGGCCUGCUAGCGCUGCUUCUGUUCAUCCUGUGCAUCCUGUUCACGGUCAACUACUUCAGGAUGAGACGGAGAAUGGUGAUGCACCUCACUCAGCCGAGCCACAACAGCACAGCUAUCUCAUCCAACGACUACAGGGAGAUGUCGCCCACCCCAUCGACCAACAGCAUCAAACCCCCCGCACAGUCUGUCCCCCAAGCUGCUGCCGGUGACUCGGAUUCUCUUGAAGAUGACUAUGAGGACUACAACAGUUUUGCACCUCACCAGGCCCUCAACUUCUCUACUUUUAAGUGUUCUGUCCGGAAUCAGUCAGAAAGGAGGAAUCCACAGGCUAACGUGCCCAUGACAGUACCAGAGGUUCGGAUAACAACGAAUGAUAAAGGUCAAAGGUCGGACCUGGUCUACAGGAGGUCAAAGCACAUUGGUAGCUCUUCCGAAGAGGAAGGAGCCAGGGCUGCGAGCUCCAGUGCAGGGCGGAAGUUGUCGAAGCCCAAAUCUCAACUCAGGAAGCAACAGCCAUCGUACAGGAGGCCAGACGACACCUCCAGCACCUCAUCCUGUGAGUGGUACGAAAAUACCAGCGACAUCCGAACCGAAAUAGAGACACAGAUGGGCCUGCUGGUGAUACCCCAACAGAAUGAAUUACAGAGCUCAACCAGUACCCUGCCCGCAGAGGAGUAUGAGAAUGUGGAGGGUGACAAUGAGAAUAUAACACAGGCGGCGAUAGCAGUAAUACCUUCUCCAAUAGCCUGCGCAGUGGUCAACGAUCCUGUGGACGAGUCUACAGAGAGUGACUAUGAUGAUAUAGAGGCAUACUUCCCCAGUUGAGCAUUCUCGAGGUGGCCAAGUCGAUCCACGAAGCAGGCUGAGGAUUUCCAGACGGGACGUUUGAAGAAUGCUGAUUUAACCUUGAGCCCCCCCCUCCCCUCCCGUGACCCCGGCUGAGCAGACGAGGCCCAUGGCCCAGCUUGCACCACCCCCCCGCUUCGCUCCCCUCCUCCCUGGAUCAACUCUGCGACAAGGUCCAUCAAUGGGUUCUGCCUCCCUCUCAGCCUCCAGUUCCACCUCAUGUUGUACCUGGGAUUCUCUCUAGACCCCGCCUUCCCAUCAUCGGCUCUCCCUCUCUCUCUCUCUCUAACCCGGUCUCCGUGCCCAGCUCGCUCUCUGCCUCUCGCUCUCCCUCCUCCAACUGGAAGUCCCUCAGCCGCUCUGGACCCUCGCCCGCUCUCGGCUCGAGGUGGGUCAAAGGUCAUGUCCGUACUGGUCAUGUGGUUGACAGCAGGACCCGGUGCGGGAACAGACCAUCACUCCGAUGUCCCAACUGUAACUGCUUAGACUGUGGUGGGCCCAGUUACUGAAAUCACAAGGCUUCGAGAGCAAAGGUACCUGACUUGAAUUAAACUCGGCCCACAUCUCAACGGGAGGGGACGUCAUUGACAGUUGGCGUACCUGCCCUCGGUACAGGGGAUGACCAUGGACUGACCACUCAAGGAUAAUACCAAACAUUUAGAGCACAGGAAGAGGCCAUUUGGCCCAACUCCCCCUCCCUGUCUAGCACCCUGAGAUGUGGCACCUUACCGAAUGCCUCGUGGAAAUCCGAGUACCAUGUUAUGAUCAUUGUUCCCUAGAGGCUUCUUUAGUCCGAGGUUAUUGGCUAAUCCUGGUCUCAUUGCUCCACCAUCUGAAACGAGCAUGGCUGCACCUCUGCCUCAACUCCACUUUCCAAUCCAAUAGUUGCUCUGGAGAGAAUACAGAGGAGAUUUACAAGAAUAUUGCCAGGGCCUUGGAAAAUUGCAGCUAUCAAUAAAGAUUGGAUGGGCUGGGGCUGUUUCCCUUAGAACAGAGGAGGCUAACUGAGGUGUACAAAAUUAUGAGGGGCCUAGAUAGGGUAGAGGAUAAAGACUUGCUUACCCUAGCUGAGCGGGGGGGGGUCAAUUACCAUGGAGCAUAGAUUUAAGGUGAUUGGUAGAAGGACGAGCGGGAGGAACGAGGUGGGCAUCAGGAACUCACUGCCUGAAUUGGUAGUUGAAGCUGAAAUGCUCAACUCAUUUAAAAGGUACCUGUACCUGCACCUGAAGCGCUGUAACCUACAAAGCUACAGACCAGGAAAGUGGGAUUAAAAAUGAGCGGCUAAUUUCUUUGUUCCCUUUGUCUGGCUGGCACAGACGUGAUGGGCUGAAUGGCCUCUUUCUGUGCCACAACUUUUCUAUGUUUUUAUUUUUAAGCUCAUUCACGGGAUGUGGGCUGUGACUGGCUGGGCCCAGCAUUUAUUGCCCAUCCCUAAUUGCCCCUUGAGGAGCUGGUGGUCAGCUUCGUUCUACGACGCCUUAUCAAGUGCCUUUUGGAAAUCCAAGUGUCCGUCUACCUCUCGAGCCCCCACCUUCCAGCUCUGCCUUCAUAGCGGAAGGAUACGCAGGUUGGUGAAGCCUGUGAGAUUUGGCCCGGACGUAAUAGAUUACCCCCAACCCCCCCACCAAAAAAAAUCGGGUCAAAGUUAUAGGAGAUUUGGAAACAGUUUGCUCCAAGCCAACAGUUUGGAUAUAACGUGUAAGCUAAGUAGGCCAGAAAGGCACACAGCCAGUAGCAGGUGGGACGGGUUACGGGCCCCAGAUCGAACAAACAGGCAGCUCAAGCUGACCCUUGUAGUGGUUUCUGCCUCUGCAGCUCCUGGCUCUGGGGAGGGUAAACCUCUGGAACUCUCGACCACAGAAGGGAUGUGGAGGCCAAGUCACUGAAUGUCAUUAAGAAGGAAAGAGGUGAACUUCCAGACUCCAGGGGCUAUGGGGGGAGAGCGGGAGCACGGCGUUGAGUUAGAGGAUCAGCCAUGGGCCGAUUUGGAUGGCGGAACAGGGCUCGAAGGGCCGAGGGGCCUACUCCCACUCCUAUUUCCUACGGCCUCUGCGUUUUCCCUCGGCCUGCCUGAGCUCGCCAAAGCGUGAGGCGGCUCUUUCCCGGCCUACUUUCGAUAAAGGAGGCUGAAGCCUGCAGCCGCUCCGAGCACCUCAAAGAGGCUGGCGAGCGGGUCCCUCAUCCAAUGCUUGUCCAACCCGAGUCACGGGGGGACAGGUACGCAAACCCCUCCUGGGCCCAUCGCUCCAGCCCCCGCGGUUACCUCGUGGCUGGCCAUCGCCUGGGUCGCCUUCCAUAUGGUUCAUGAGCUCCACCUGAUAAGAUUUAGGAUUAUCUUGUUCCAGAGGCUGUGCAAGAGACAUGAUCGUUGGCAGAGAUAUAAAACCUACGUAGCCUGUCAACCCAGCUGUGGAACAUUUAGAGCUAAGAGAGAAAGGGAGAGUGCGUAUUUUUUUUAAUAACAUGCGAUGAGUUUAUUAAAAUUUUUAUGCAAUAGCUUCUUACAGAACUUCACCUACAUGGAUGCAUAAUAAGGCUGGCUCGUUGCCCUUGGCUGGGGCCAGUGAGUCACAAUCUGACCAUUCAGCCCCGUGACGUAGGGUCAGACGCAGAGGCAGAGAGAUGAUGGCCAAAGGGUUCCCCUAGCUAUGAUGGGGGUCUGAGAGGGGCACUGGGUCAGGCUCUUGCAGGCGUGGGGCCCAGCCUGGGAGCCACCAUUCCAUUCUGACUUUGCUCUGGACUCUGAGAAUGUCUUCAGCUAAAAUUUCUAACUCUGCCUCGGCGAAUGUUUUAUUGAUCACCGGCUCCGCAAAGAUUGGGGGAUUUCCAGCCAAAGGUGUUACUGACUGUAUCUCUACUGAUGUGAAUCCAGCUCCCUCACACUGUCACUCAGUAAUCCCUCUCCCCCAGCACACUGUGUUACUGACUGUAUCUCUACUGAUGUUAAUCCAGCUCCC